GGGCAGCCAGAUUGUUCAGCGGAUCUCGAAUCACUUGCUAGAUUGAUAUUUUCCAUACAUUAUUUAGGCUAACGUUUCACGGUGUAGAUCUACACAUCUAAGAGUUAAGUGUAUCUAACAACGUUGUCAGCAAUCUAAGAACAGUGUGGAAAUGGAUCCAGAAAACAUUGGGACAGAGGCAAUAGUUAGAGUAACUCAUUGGCUGCGUGGAAUUUGGGAAAUGAGACGUCAAGCAGGUCCGGUCCAACAAUGGGUUGACUCUAUUCCGUCGUUUGGAAACCAGUCUUCAAAUUCGUUCGAUCAACAGCCAGAAGUUCCUACAGACAAAGCAGCACCAGAUAUUCAGGAGUCACGGAAUUCACCGAAAGAUAUUAUAUACCUCAAACAGAAACUCCAAAAAAAACCAGACAUGACUGCCUCGGCUCCUAUCAGCAUUCCAUCCUCACCAGCUAUUACUAUGACUGGCCCAGUCAGCUCUGUUCCACACAGCAGACUGGCAAGAGAUCCAAGUUUUCAGUCAGAUAGCAGUCAUUGUAGUAGCGUAGAGAGCCUUCUAGAGUGGCGAAAAGCAGAUCCCGAAGCCAUCUUGUUGGGCCUUGGUUUUGGCUAUCCUAGCAGUCCCCAAGAAAAUGGAUCUACAGCUCGAAUACCCAAAAGAUUUUUGCAGCCUUCAAAAUUAAAAGGGAUUGCCAUAAAUGAUUAUCUUAAACAGCAACAAGAAAGCAGCGAGUCGCUUGACUCAGCAUCUCUCGGAUACAGAGGACUUACAGGCUCGCCGUAUGUAGCUCCGUCAGAGAUCGUACAAAAAAUCAUGGAACGUCUCCGUGAACACGAGACACAUGAAGUGGAUUUAUUCAACUAUUCGAGUAGCAACAGCGAGCUCUUUGGUCCGAUGCAACAAGACGGACGCCUGUCAGUUCUGUCACCUGAUAACAGACAGUAUCUGGAACGUCCAAGAUCAAAAAGUCCGGACAUGCGAAACAAACGGAUGAUAAUAGGUAAAAAGUCAUUUGCUUUUGGAAACAACGGAGACCUCAUCGAAGUGAAAUCCAUAGAUAAAGAAGAAUCUAAUUUUGAAAGUAACGAAACCAAUCAUCGAUUCAAUGAAAAUGAUCCUGAUAAUAAAUUAAGUUCCGAAAUUGAUAAGCCUAAGAAAAUCUCACAUUAUGACGAAAAUAUUGCUCAAAAUAAUAACACAACAAAUGAAAAACUUGGAAAAACAUCUGGGAGAAAAUUAACAAAGCAGUUAUCGUUCGAUGCUGAUAAUACUAUCUAUAGUUCAGGGGAUGCAUCGCACAAAAGAGACAGAGAAAAUGAAGAACGACUAUCAAUUGAUGAAAGAUUUUGCGUGGAACAAAGAGACUCACUGGUAACUGUAAUCUCUAGAUGGUCAGAUAGCGUGGAAACUCCCACAGAUACAACUCGAUCCUUUGAUGACACAAGCUCAACCCCGAACUAUCGAAGAGCCAGCGACGGAGUUUGCGACGUUAGAUUAAAUGAAAGUUUUGGACCACCAAAAGAAGAUAGGAGAUUGAGUGACACAGUAAUACAUACCAAGUCAGAAAGACUUUACGAUGGGAGCUGGUCUAUAAAUAGGAGAAGAAUUGAAGGAGCUGAUAAGAAGCCAGGCCUAAGAAGACAGGCAAGGGUGAGCGAUGUGGAUUUAGGGGAAUGUGGAAUUGCUGGAAUUUCUGUACUUCCAUCGAAAAACCCUGAAAAAGAUCAAGUGUUGUGCAGUGAACGUGAUAAUGACAUAGAGCUCAAUAUUUCGGAUGAAACCAGUUUAGAAAGUGAAAUAUUUCAACAGAGCCCUGAUCCAGAAGCACAGUACUCUAAUGUACGUAAGAAUCUCUGUUGUCAUGAGGAGAAACACAAAUGUUGUAAAAACGAUGAAUUGGAUCUGAUCUGCGAACACGAGUCGAGUUCAACGGACUGUUGUUGUCACGCGAAUACAAAGUGUUGGAGGAAAAUGUCAGAAAUAAUGCGAGAAAAGAAAAAACUAGAGGAUAUCGUUGCUAAAAAUAAACAGGAAAUGGCCGAACUUCGAGAAAGGCUAAACAACGUUAUGCCAGUCGGAAUAGAGCAGGGAUUUUGAAUUAUAGUUCCUCACAUUUACAGCAAUUUCUGAGAGAGUUUUUAUUCCCCAUAAGUGUAGAUCAUCUCAUCGCAGCAGAAGAAGACUAUAUCUUUUAAGAUAAGGAGCGACGAGCCUACGUCAAAGCUAGAAACUCCAAAAAGUUGACGCCACAUAUGUCUGCCUUAAUCGUAGUUCGAAAAAUUGAGUUUUCAUCAGUUUGCCAUUGAAUUAUAUCUGUAACUAUGUGAUAUUAUUACAUUCCAGAGAGGUUUAUGCUUAUUUACUAUUAUACACUUAAAUGUGAUAAAAGAGUGAUAAUGAGGUAUACGUAUGCUUGUGAAUAAUAACAUUGGGAACAAAACGUUGGAUACUGAAUUAAUUGAUCUUGCCAUUCGUAUUCAAAUCGCGUUCAUGUGGAAUCCAAUGUAGGAUACCCUGAUAUUCCGAAUAACUAAGUUUGAAAUAAUACUUGAAUCAAUAAUUAUGUAAUAGUUUAAAAAUCGUGAAAGUGUCGUAACUUAGUUUCGCGCUGUCUUCAUGACUUUUUUUUGUUUUCUAGAAACUGUUUCCACUUUACCUUUUACAAAUGAUCUUAUAACUGAUGUAGAUAAUAUUUCAUAGGUAGAUCAUAGAUUUGGAUUUUCGGAUGUAUUUACUAUUUAUAUUUUAACUUGAUAAAAUACUGUACUUGAAAUCACGUAGACGUGUUUUGAAUGAGGCACAGAAAAUUUGUAGAAAAAACUUUGUAUGAUAUGAUCUGAUGUAUUUGAAUCGAAACCGUUUCGAAACUGAAAAAAAAUAUAUAGUUUGAAAGUAA